GCUACUGAAAUCCAUGCACACAAUUGAGACUAAAGCCAUUGUCAAAAACUGAAGCAAUUCCCAAGAAAAAACCUCAAAUUAUGAGGCACAUAAAUAUCGAACGAUUUAGUGAGUUGCAGAGGAGGAGAAGUGUACGAAAUGUGUGUAUAUUGGCCCACGUUGAUCAUGGGAAGACCACACUGGCUGACUACUUGGUGGCCAGCAAUGGGCUGAUAUCGCAAAAGCUGGCUGGGAAGCUGCGGUACCUGGACAGUAGGGCAGAUGAGCAGGAGAGGGGAAUAACAAUGAAGAGCAGUAGUGUAACUUUGUAUUAUAAAAGUAUCCGGGAAAAUGAGGAGAUACUCAUCAAUUUGAUCGAUUCACCGGGUCAUGUGGAUUUCUCAGGUGAGGUAUCUACAGCUGUGAGAUUGUGCGAUGGAGCUGUGAUUCUGGUGGAUGUGGUGGAGGGUGUUUGUCCACAGACAAGAAUAUGUCUCAAACAGGCUUAUAUGGAAUGUCUGAAGCCUAUUCUUGUACUCAGUAAGAUUGAUAGGCUGUUUCUGGAGAAGCAGAUGACACCACAUGAUGCCUUCAUUCAUCUUUCACAAGUCCUGGAGAAUGUUAAUGCUGUGUAUGCGAGUAUUUUUGCCUCAGAUGUCAUGGCUAAGGAAGAUAUCACGACAAAUAGUGACUAUACGAGUGCUCUUGAGAAUGUUGAUGAUUCCAAAUUGUACUUUCUGCCAGAAGCUGGAAAUGUCAUCUUCUGUUCAGCUCUGGAUGGAUGGGGAUUCUCAAUUAUGCAAUUUGCUGUGAUGUACGAGAAGAAAUUGGGAGUGUCAAGGGAGGAAUUGGUUAGAGCGAUGUGGGGCAAUUAUUACUACAAUUCCAAGACAAAUUCUUGCCUAUCGGGUGCUCAGGAGAAGGCAAAGAAGCCGAUGUUUGUUCAAUUCAUCCUGGAGAAUAUAUGGCAUAUAUAUGAGACGAUUCUCGUGCGGAAAGAUCGGGAAAAGAUGGGAACGAUAGCAGAGAAAUUGGGAAUAAAUUUGACUGCUCGAGAUCUUAGAAGUACAGAUUAUCGGAUGCAGUUGAAGACGCUUUUCUCACAGUGGCUUCCAUUGUCCAAUAUUGUCCUUGAGAGUAUCUACAAAUACGUCCCGGCGCCCUGUAGUAUGCCCAGUGAGAAGGCUGAACGUCUCAUGUGUUCUCUCAAUCAGGAUCUCAAAUCUUAUCCGGCUGAGACGCAAGUUCUUCAGGGGGAUUUCAUGAAUUCUGAUCCUCAGAGUGCCAAUAAGAUUGUCUUUAUUUCGAAGAUGUGUGCUGUGGAUCCGUCUCAGUUGCCACGGGAGGAUAAGGAUAAAAUUGUUCCGUCGUUGGAUGAGAUACAGCGUCGACGGGAGAUUGUACGGCAAAAGAUUCAGGAUCGUCAAGCAUUGGGGCAAAUUCAGGCAAUUUCGGAGAUUGCAGAAAAUGAUGAGGAAGCCAGUACUGAAGAUGAGGAAUGCAAUGAGAUUUUCAUAGCUUUUGGACGGGUUUUCAGUGGUACCCUCAAGAGGGGGGACAAAAUGUAUGUUCUGGGACCAAAGCAUGAUCCCAAGAAUAUUGAUAAUUCAGCAGAAUUGCCCAAAUAUGUGACAGAAGUUACAAUUGCCAGUCUGUAUAUUUUCAUGGGGAGAGAAUUGGAGGAUGUUGAAGAAGUUUGUGCAGGAAAUAUCGUAGGAAUUGGUGGAUUGGAUAAUCAUAUUUUGCAAACAGCUACUCUCAGUUCAAAUUACUUCUGUCCACCCUUUACGGACAUGGAAUUAAUUGCAACGCCCAUUCUGAGGGUAGCUGUGGAACCCAAAGCCACCCAGGACAUGCCAAAACUCCUCAAAGGACUCAAAUUGCUCAAUCAAGCUGAUCCCUGUGUUCAAGUACUGGUGCAGGAGACAGGAGAACAUGUUCUCUUGACUCUGGGUGAAGUGCAUCUGGACAGAUGUAUUUUGGAUUUGGAAAAUCGUUUUGCACGAAUUGAAUUGAAUGUCUCAAAGCCCAUUGUACCCUUCCGGGAGACCAUUGUACCCCGGGCGACUGUAGAUAUGGUCAAUGAGGCCGUUGUGCCCACAAAUACGGAUAUUGAGAGUCAAAUAGUUACAAUCACAACGGCAAAUAGGAAAUGUUUUCUGGACAUUUUGGCACUGCCACUUCCGCAGGAAGUAGUGGAAAUUUUGGAUAAAUCCACAGAAUUGCUAAAGAUUUAUGCCCGAAAUACCAGCGGGGGUUGUUUACCAGAUAAAACGGUCAAGUCCAUGAGGGAAUUCCGGGAGCAAUUGGAGAAAGCCUUCAAGCAGGCCAAUUGUGGACACUUUCCGGAAUCUGUCGUGGAGAGAUUGUGGAGUGUUGGACCGAGAAAAUGUGGCUCAAAUAUUCUUCUCAAUCUCUCAGACUUCAAACACUCGAGUUUUUGGGAACCCUUAAGUGAGCAGGGACAAAAAUCCCUGGAAGAGAAUAAUCUGGACAAUUCUUUUGUCAGUGGCUUCCAACUGGCCACAUUGGCAGGUCCACUAUGCGAAGAGCCUCUCUGUGGAGUCUGCUUCAUUCUGAUGAAUAGCAAACUCGAAACAGACGGAGAAGAGGGGAAUUUUGGACCGAUUUCCGGACAAAUUAUGUCUGCCAUGAAAGAGGGAUGUCGUCGAGCUUUUCAGAAACAGCCACAGCGUCUUGUAACACCCAUGUAUAGUUGCAAUAUUGUGGUGAAUGCUGAAGUUUUGGGUAGACUCUAUGCUGUCAUUGGGAGGCGCAAUGGGAGAAUUCUGUCAGGAGAUCUCACAGAGGGAAGUGACAAUUUCUCCGUCACGGCAAUUAUUCCUGUUAUAGAGUCAUUCAAUUUUGCCCAAGAGAUUAGGAAACAAACUUCAGGACUAGCUUCACCGCAAUUGCUAUUCAGUCACUGGGAAGUUCUUGAUAUUGAUCCCUUCUGGGUGCCGUCAACCGAAGAGGAAUAUUUGCACUUUGGUGAGAAAGCCGAUACAGAAAAUCGAGCUAAAGUGUAUAUGGAUUCAGUGAGGAGAAGAAAGGGACUUGCCGUAGAGGAGAAAAUUGUGGAGCAUGCAGAAAAGCAGCGAACACUGGGCAAGAAUAAAUAAAGGUAACUUUUAAAUAAAUUUCGUAUUAAAGUUGAUUUUAUUUAAAAAAAAAAAAAA